UGGCGUCCUCGGACGUCGCAAAAUGCUGUGACAACCCGGAUUUCGCCGUUAUAUGCUCGUUUUUGGAAAAAUUUGGCGGAAAAUGUGGUAUAGUGUAUCCUCCAUUCUCCCGGUUGCAGCAGAUGCUAGAAUCUACGGACGAAGUCCACGAUGCACUGAAGCACUUCCAUAUCCGACUGAUGCGGAAGGCCCGGCGCCAGGUGAAGCCGGACCUCUGGGAGAAAGCACUCAUCAGCUUCUGCAGGCCUGUGUCCAAGCAGGACGCCUGGGAGCUGGAGCGGUUUGGCUACAAGCAGGCAGAUUUGGCAGUCAAACUGCGUGUGCUGAAGAACCUGUGUGAGGUGCAGUUCGACCGCAACAAGCGGUUCAAGGACGAGGUUAACAAGGAGGCGGCGUGCGAGCUGCGCCUGCAGCCGCUGGGGCGUGACCGGCAUGGCAACAACUACUGGUACCAGCUGGACGAGGACUGCCAGCUGCGCAUCUACAAGGAGGACAUCGACGACGAGACGUGGCAGGUGGUGGCCGAGGACCGCGAGAGCAUGAAGGCGCUGAUACAGAGCCUGCAGUCGGACUCGCCGCUGGGCAAGUCGGAGGAUACUUCGCAGGCCAACAGCGAGGAGGAGCUGCUGCAGGGUCCGCCGGCGUUCAAACGGGAGCCGCCGGACCGGCCGGCCGACCUGGUCCGGCCCACUGCUGGCACAGAUGACCAGGCCCGGCCGGCCGGCGCUGACGCGUCCCCUGCGGCCGGCGGCGACGGCGGGCCGGUGACGGCAGGUACCGAACAGGCGGCGCUCAGUCACAGGGAAGAGACAGCGGCCGAUGGUGAGGCUGAGCAAGCAGCCAGUAGUGAGGCCAGCAAACGGACGAAGGCUGAGACGGUGGACGAUGUUAAAGAGGAGCCUCGGGUUGGAAGUGUGGAAGAGGCGGUGUGUGCAACCGAGGGAAGCCCGCCAGCUGGAGGCAAGAUCCGCCGAUCAUCCAGUGACGGAAAGCUAGGGGCUGGGGCUGAGGCAGAGACGACGGCGGCUGAGGAGGGGCUGGUUACCAGUGGUAAGUCUGAGUCGGUGACCGAUGGCAAGGUCGAGCCAGAGGCCGCAGGCGAGUCUGAACCAGAAGCUGAUGAAGACCCAAAGGCCCGCGGAAGACGGAUAGCGGCCGACGAUGAGAGGAGGCCAGUGGUCGGUGACGAGAAGCCAUCGGCCGCUGGUGAUACAAAACAGGAGGUUGCUGGCGAGGCGGAGAGAUCGUCUUCGCCGACUGCCGCUGCCGAUGUAAAGUCGGUGGAUGCGACAAGCCACUGCCAGCCCCCUGAGUCCGGGGAGCUGGUACAUGGCGGGGGCGACAUGGGAACUGAAAGCGUGUCGGUGUCAUCAAAAGGCGUGGUGCCGCUGGACGCGCGCGCCGCGCCAACUGCGAGCGACCGUAUGUCGGGCGGGGCGCGGGGUUCGCCGGAAAAGCCGGCGGCCGCGUCCGGGGAGCCCAGCAGUGAGCAGGUCCCGGCCACAGACGCGCCUGCCGCUGGUGUGAGUGUUGCGACAGCUGCCGAGUGCGGCGUGAAGGCUUCGGUCAGUGUGCUGCCGCCGUCCGUCUCGGCCACGGAGGAAGGUGAGCACCACUCAGAACUGGUGCAUAGUCCUGCGACGGGCGCUGGGGACCGGCCGGCGACCCCGUCUUCACAUCUACCCAGGAGCACGGGCGAGCCGCCAACUGAGCCUGUCGCCGCCGGCCGGCCGGGCCGGGCCGGGCUGGGCGAGCAGGCCGGCUGUGACGCAGCAGAGCUGGCGGUGACAGCCGCUGACGGCCACGUCAAGACCGAACAGACGAUGUCAGCGCCGCCGGUGGUGGCCGAGCCCGAGUCGUUCCACUCUGAGGAGACGGGAGUGCUCCCUGAACCCAUCACAGAAACUGUGGUGAAACCCGAGCCAGCUGUGAAGGCCGUACCUGAGGCUGCUCCAGUUGUGGAUUCCAUGGUGAAAGCCGAGCCAGCUGUGGAGGUCGCGGUGGGCCCUGAGGCUGCAUUGAAGGUCGUGACGGACCCUGAGCCAGCUGUGGAGGCCGUUAUUAACCUUGGGUCAGCUGUGGAGGCUGUGGCGGACACUGAGCCCGCUGCGGAGGCCCUGGCGGACACUGAGCCUGCUGUAGAGGCCGUGGCGGACACGGAGCCGGCUGUGGAGGCUGUGGCGGACACUGAGCCUGCUGUGGAGGCCGCGGCGGACACUGGGCCAGCUGUGGAGGCCGCGUCGGACACUGAGCCAGCUGCGGAGACCGUGGCGGACACUGAGCCUGCUGUGGAGGCCGUGGCGGACACUGAGCCUGGUGUGGAGGCCAUGGCGGACACUGAGCCUGCUGUGGAGCCCGUGGCGAGCACUGGGCCUACUGUGGAGGUCCUUGCGAGCGCUGAGCCUGCUGUGGAGGCCGUGGCGGACCCUGAGCCUGCUGUGAAGGCCGUUGUUAACCGUGAGCGAGAUAUGGAGCCGGUGGCAGACACUGAGCCAGCUGUGGAGGCCGCGGCGGACAUUGAGCCUGCUGUGGAGGCUGUGGCAGACACUGAGCCUGCUGUGGAGGCCGGGGCAGACACUGGGUCUACUGUGGAGGCCGUGACGAGCACUGGGCCUAUCGUGGAGGCCGUGGCAAGCAGUGAGGCUGCUGUGGAGGCCUUGGCGAGCUCUGAGCCUGCUGUGGAGGCCGUGGCCAACAUUGAGCCAGCUGUGGAGGCCUUGGCGCACACUGAGCUUGCUGUGGAAACCGUGACAGACAAUGAGCCUCCUGUGGAGGCCGUGGCGGACACCGAGGUAGCCUUGGGGGUCUUGGCGAACAAUGAGCCUCCUGUGGAGGCCGUGGCGGACACUAAGCCUACUGUGGAGGCCGUGGCGAGCACUGAGCCAGCUGUGGAGGCCAUGGUGGACACUGAGGAGGCCUUGGUGGACACUGAGAAGGUUGUGGCGGACGCUGAGCUAGCUGUGGAGGCCGUGGUGGACACUAAGCCAGCUGUGGAGGCCGUGGUGGGCACCGAGCCAGCUGUGCAGGCUGUGGUGGACACUGAGCCAGCUGUGGAGGCUGUGGCGAACCCUAGUGAGAUCCACUCGCAGGUUGCUUUGGCACCAACGGAAGACGUCGCCAGUGCAGAGCCUGGACUGCUGGAGGAGAGGCCAGGCAGCUCUCAGCCCAUCACAUCAGCUGUUCGCACGGGUGGCGCCGACUCCACCCAAUCGGAGGAGCCUUCAGCGGCAGAUGCACGCGUGGGCCGUGGUACCGACCGGACCGGAGCGAACUCUGACACCGCUUGCUCUCCGUCAGAGAUGGAGGGGGCGCCCGACUCUUCGGAGCCGCCGCCGCCGCCGUCGUCUAAUGGACGUUCGGUCAGCUCUGCCGAUGCUCCGCCGGCGACUUCGGAGCGCCCCGACUUUGUGGCGGAGCAUUCCGGAGAACGCUCUGAGUGCGUCACCACGUCGGAGGCGCCGGAACGUGGCCGCGACAUCAGCAGGUGCGAAGCCAGCGGUGUCUCGAGCCCGCCUCCUGAAGACGCCGAGGCGAGAGCGAGCUCCGGGAAGCGGGCGGAACCGUGCGCGCUGGAGUCGCGGCAUCAGCCCGUUCCCGGGGAGGCGUCACCUCCAAGCCAACAGCGGGGCGGUGGAGGGGUCGGUACGGCCGCAGUAGGAAGCACGAGCUGUUGUGACGGGGACGCGGCGGAAUCUGUGGCAAACGCGCCAGACGGCUCCAGUGAGGCGGUGAGCUCGGCAGGUGGCCCCGGACCGGGCCGCUGUUCGGAGGAGGCGCGCGGCCAGUCGAGCCCGCAGCCUGGAGUGGCGGACACGAGUACGGUCGACGCGCGACCAGAGGGUGCUGACGUGGCUGCCGCCGCGGCCACGGUCAACGUGUGGGCGUCGAAAGCCGCCGUUGACGUCGCGGGCAGCCCCCAGUCUUCGGCCGUUGGUGAGCGACAGCCGGACGGGACCGGGGGCGGGCGGCGGCUGGCAGCGGACGUCGAUGACGGCGUCUCGAGCAGCGCCGCCGGUCCGCCAGCAGCUCCGCGGCCGGUUGCCGCCGCUGAUGGCACUGCGCCCGUAUUGGAGGGCGAGUCUGGCGCAGGCGCGACUAGCGGCGGCUCGGCGGAAGUGGUUACGUCAGGUGCGGACUGCGGCGGCGCUGUGGAGGAGCCGGCCCUGUUGGUGUCAGGCUCCGGCUCCGGGGCGGACUGCGAGGGCGGUGUGCCGCCGGGCUGGGUCAGCGAGGCCGUGGAGGAGCCGGCCCUGUUGGUGUCAGGCUCCGGCUCCGGGGCGGACUGUGAGGGCGGUGUGCCGCCGGGUUGGGUCAGCGAAGCCGUGGAGGAGCCGGCCCUGUUGGUGUCAGGCUCCGGCUCCGGGGCGGACUGUGAGGGCGGUGUGCCGCCGGGCUGGGUCAGCGAGGCCGUGGAGGAGCCGGCCCUGGUGGUGGCUGGCAGCGGCUGGGGUGCGCUCUGUGGUGUCGGCAACGGUGUUCAGCGUCGCCGGGCCAGCCGCAGUGCCGCGGGCAACAAUGGCCAUGCCGAGCCGCCGUCGGCUGACCGACGCGACAACGGCGAGGCGGACCAGCCCCAGGCCGAGCCAGAGGCCGAGCCUGAGGCCGACCCAGAGGCCGACCCAGACCCGGAGCCGCCGGCCGGCAAGAAGCGCGGUCGCAAGAGGAAGAGCGAACUCGAGAGUCUGGUCUCAGCUGACGCCGACGCCGACGAGGGUGGUGCCGGCCGGCGCCGCUCGUCCCGCGUAGCCAAGCUACGCGAGAAGGAGGAGGAGCAGCGCCGUGUGGACGAGGAGCAGCGGCUGCGCGUGCUCAAGGAGCAGGCCGUGCUGCGCAAGCUGCGCCAGCACGAGCGUGAGACCCGCCGCGCUCAGCGCAAGGACAAGAAGAAAAAACGACGGCAAAAGAAAGUCGAGCGUGGCCAGGAGCAGGAGCAGCCGACGGAGAAGGCAGGCAAGAAGAAGCGCAAGAAAAAGAAGAAAAAGAGGGCGGGAAACGAUCCAUGGCUGUCCUCAUCAGACACCAGCUCCAGCUCCGACGAGGACGAGGAGAUGGAGCUGUUCGCGCACCACGAGGCCGGCGACGAGGACCCGUUCCGCUCCGACCAUGAGUUCUCGCCAGAGGUCCGAAAACGACCAGGAAUGGGCGGCGGGCCGCCGGCCCGCGUGUCCAGCCACGCCUCCACUGUCCUCGACCGGCUGGUUGCGAUGCUGGAAGACGACUGUCUGGUGUUCGCCCUGCAGGAGGCUGAGGACGCUGCCGCCGAGGUGUCGGACGAGGACGAGGACGAUGCCUGA